CUCUCGCGCUCCGUGUGUGUCAUUAGCGCCGAGAAGAAGGACGAGCGCGCGGACAGAGCCGCCGUGCUUCACUCGCAGGGGGAAAAGACCGACUUCAGCUCGAUUUUGCGGAUAUUUCUCUGGCUUCCCCUGCGCGCCCUGACCGCUGAAUCAGAUCAGGAUGUCCAGUGAGGUCCAGCCGAGGCCGGACGACAGUCCAAACACGAGUGGAGGCAGUUCCGACGCUGAACAGAGAGAGGUAGCACCUGUGGAGCAGCCAGAGGAGAGGGAGCGAGAGAGAGAUCCGGCUCCACCAAAGAAGAAAGAGGCCAAGAUCUCCAGCAAGACCGCUGCUAAGCUCUCCACCAGUGCCAAGAGGAUUCAGAAGGAGCUGGCGGAGAUAACCCUCGACCCGCCUCCAAACUGCAGUGCUGGUCCUAAAGGAGACAACAUCUACGAGUGGAGGUCAACCAUCCUGGGUCCCCCAGGCUCUGUCUAUGAGGGAGGGGUCUUCUUCCUUGACAUCGCCUUCACUCCAGACUACCCCUUCAAACCUCCCAAGGUGACGUUCCGUACGAGAAUCUACCACUGCAACAUCAACAGUCAGGGAGUGAUCUGUCUGGACAUCCUGAAGGACAACUGGAGCCCAGCCCUCACCAUCUCCAAGGUGCUGCUGUCCAUCUGCUCCCUCCUCACAGACUGCAACCCUGCUGACCCUCUGGUGGGAAGCAUUGCCACACAGUACCUGACCAACAGAGCAGAGCACGACAGGAUAGCCAAACAGUGGACCAAGCGCUACGCCACAUAGACCCUACCUUGCCCCCGCCGUCCCUCCUGCGACCCUACGAAGCACACCUGGCCCUCACUCCAGAUGUUCCCCCGCCCGCCCCCGACCCCGACGACGAACUGUCCUUUGUUUCUUGUUGACUUGAAAGCUUUUUUAUACAGUGUAUGUAUACUAAGAGCAGAUCGGGAUUGUACUUUUUCCAAUGCGUUGAAUGUUGGCAUGGUCAUCAAAAGCUUUAUUAUUAUUUGUAAUGUUAGACUGUUCUUAUUACUGUUCUACUGAUCUGCAUUAUUAAGGAAAGGGUGGAGUGCGCCCACUGGUUUUCUUCUGGAUCUUUGUGCAUUUCCUUCAACCUGGGCGCAGAAGACGAAGACCAGGCAGUGAUCACUGAUAUUUUUUCAUGAACUCUUUUAUGUCUGAUUGAUGUUUUAACUCCAGGUUUUUUUUUCCCUUCGAGUUGUUUAUGUGGAACACUAUGGCACUGGCCUGUUCAUCUCGAGACGCCCCGUACCAGUUCAGUAUAUCAGCUGGCCUGCUGCUCGCUACGUGCGGCUUUGGCUGUUUGUUGUAAAAUGCACAUUGUGAGGGAAAACUCAAUUGAUACUCUGUUUAGUAACUGAGUGAAUAAAUGACGUGUUGAGCCGAAA